AUGGCGAGUGAGAUUGCAAAGAAAGCUUGGGAAAAGUUGAAAGAAGAAUUUCACAAAAGUGACAAGAUAAGGAAAAUAAAAGUGAUAAAUCUGAGAAGAGAGUUUGAAAUUCUCAGAAUGAAGGAUUCAGAAACUAUUGAAAAGCUCUCCAACAAAGUGAAGAAGGAGAACAAUCAACAAACUCAAAAAGUCAAUGUUUCAGAAGUUGAAGAACAAGAGGAGUUUGUAUUUACGGCGAUGGAAGCAACAAGAUUGAAUAAUAAAAACACAUGGUUUCGGGACAGUGGUUGCACUCAACACAUGACCAGCAAACAAGAAUAUUUUAUGAAGUUGGAAUUUGCCAAAGGUAGUGUAAAGUUGAUCGAUAAAACCACGUUGGAGAUUGUUGGUAAAGGUACUGUGGCAAUUGAAGCUCCCAAAGGUACUAAAUUUAUUCAAGAUUUUUUAUUGGUACCUGAUCUUGACCAAAAUCUAUUGAGUAUUGGUCAAAUGCUAGAACGAGAUUAUAUGUUACUGUUCAAAGACGAAAAAUAUGUUGUUUCUGAUUCUAGCAACCAAAAAGUUAUUGUGACCACCAAGUACAACGAUGAUGAUUUUAUUUUUUAUUCUGGAAAAAAUAUCUCAGACUCUGGAAAUAACCAUAGUUCCAAUUCAGACCUCUUAUUUCAUGAAGAUCAGAAGGAUGGAGAUGAUGGGAUGGAUGAUUGCGAUGAUGUGUCAAACUAUGAUGAUGUUGAUGACUAUUUAUCAGAAUCCCAUUGCAAGAAUGAUAGUGUUCUAGACAAUGCUCCCCCGCAUUAUGGCCCUUCGCAGAAAUGUUAUUUAGCAGAGGAAGGAGAGAAUUCCUCAGGAGAUGUUUUAUUAGAUCCUACAACAUCGAGUUCUGAACCCAAUAUGGAUGCAAUGUCAAAAGAUAUUAACUUCGCAGAUGAAAAUACCAGUGCAAGUGAAAAGCAGUUUCCCGAGUUGUAUGUAUCAAGGGAAAAGGCAUCAACAUACAGAGCUGCUCGUCAGAUCCCAUCAGCACAAAAUCAGGACAAAGCUGCUGGCUACGAAUCACUACCCAGAUUUGAUCUUUCUGCAUGGUUAACUAGUGGAGGACCACAAGUUCAUAUUGGAAUUAUGCCCGAGUACCUUGGAUUUGUGAAGGAUGUUGUGGACUUUGAUGAUUUGUCUUUUAACAUAUCUUGUGAGAUGCUACAACAGAACAACAUUCUCAAGGUGAUUAGGAAGAACCUUGUGAAGAAAUGUAUUGAGAUGUUCAGUAAAAUUGAUGAGAACAAGGAGGACUAUAACAAGUUUUAUGAGGCAUUCUCAAAGAACUUGAAGUUGGGCAUUCACGAAGACAGCCAGAACAAAGCCAAAUUGGCUGACCUCCUUCAUUACCAUUCCACGAAAAGUGGUGAUGAGAUAACCAGGCUGAAGGAUUAUGUCUCUAGGAUGAAGAAGGGCCAGAAAGACAUCUCAGAUUUGAAACUCUUCGUGAACAACUUGGAGUUACAAGCAAAUAUCUCAAGUAGGAGUGUUGAAUUUCUGAUCUUUGUAUAA